UGAUUUCUGAAUGACUGAAAAGGAGUUUAGUGCAGUUCCUGAAAAAUGCGAAGUCAGCCACGAAAGAUCCUUUUAGGGAUUUUCGUCUGUGGUUUCGUUGGAAUCUUUGCUCUGUUUCAGUGGCAGUCUCGUUAUUUUGAAAUUUCCAACCACCCUUACUUCACCUACGAUCUUGAACAAGAGGAACCGUUUGACGAAGAACAGACGUGUCGAAUCCCAAGAAUUCAUCCAUUUGACAACUCCAUCUGGCGGUACCUAGCUGAAUCCAAACCGAUUCGUUGUAAACAUCGUCAGGGUUUCUUGACUUACAUUGAUGAAUUAGGAAACCUUCGUUUCAACGAAACGGAAAGAGAGUGGAUAGGUACGAAACGACGAAAACUUUCGUGUUUUUACCAAGUUGUGCUCAGGCAGAAUGGUUCUGACGAUCAAAUCACAUUUGGUCCGAAAAUUAUUCUGCCACCAGAAGGCGCUCCGAUAAGCCACGACUUUGUUCAUGUUUCUUGUGUGAAUUUCGCCGGGAUCUCAGUAUAUUCAAACAUUCAUGCACAUAUCAGAAACACAAGCUUCUUAAAAAAGCCAAAAUCCAAAGCUUAUAACGUCAAGAAAAAAGUGUACUAUAAUGUCGUUAUAUUUGGGUUAGAUUCUUUAUCUAGGCUUAGCUUCAUACGUUUACUGCCAAGAACUUAUAAUUAUCUUCAGGGCACUAUGAAAGGGUUUGUAUUUCGUGGCAUGAACAAGGUGGGCGACAACACCUUUCCUAAUUUGGUCGCCAUGCUGACAGGAAAGCAAGCUUACGGUAAAGAACUGAACUCGUACGAUCUUUAUGACGAUUGGCCAUUGAUUUGGAGUGACUUCAAUAAAGAUGGGUAUGUGACUUUAUACGCUGAAGAUUUUCCUAAGUUUGCGCUUUUUAAUUAUCUUUCAACAGGCUUCCAGCGCCCUCCCACGGAUCACUACUUUCGUCCGUUUUGGUUGGCAUUGGAGGGCUCUUCGCUAUAUCGGUUCAGCUCCAAUAUGUGUUUUGGAGCCGAACCGAAGCACAUGCUUCAGAUAAGAUACUUGAAAGAUUUCAUUACGAAAUACAGAGAUGUUCCCCAUUUUGCGUUUUCCUUUUUAGUAGAAAUAAGUCACGAGUAUCUGAGUCAGGUCGGUGCGGCCGAUGAAGAUAUGUUGAGGCUGCUCCAGGAUUUAUAUGGCGGCGGGCUUUUGAACAGAACUGUCUUUCUGUUUAUGUCUGAUCACGGCCAUCGAUUUGAUGCCAUGAGGGAGACCCUAGUGGGACGAAUAGAAGAAAGAUUACCGUUCUUUUCCAUGUUCCUGCCAGAAACCUUAAAACAAGAACAACCCCACGUUCUCCAUCACUUGAAUGAAAACCUUAAGCGAUUGACAACCCCGUAUGACGUCCAUGCCUCAUUAGUUGAUAUUUUACAUUAUUCAGUGAGACAGAAGCCCCUUGGUUCUGUGGUUUUAGGUAAAGGUCGUUCUCUCUUUGGGUAUAUACCUCUUAACCGAACUUGUGACGACGUGGGUAUCUCGGAACACUAUUGCACGUGCGAAGAAGAAGUGCCUUUAGCUGUCAGUACAGCGCAUGUGCAAACGGCGGCGAAAUCUAUCGUAACUCAAAUUAAUAACAUUUUGUCCAACUUUACAGACAAAUGUGCCAUCUUGACUUUAAGUCGCGUGAAAAGUGCUCACCUUCUCUCCCCUAACUCCAAAUUAGUUGGAUACUCCAUAGCAGGAAUGGCGGAGAAAAUUCGACUUGUCGUCGAAACAGAUCCAAACAAGGGAUUGUUUGAGGCGACGCUCAUGAACAAAGAAUACAGUGAUGCGUAUGAAGUCGUUGGUGACAUCAGUAGGAUUAACAAGUACGGUAACCAAUCAGAGUGUAUCCAGCACGCUAUUAUCAGAAAGUACUGUUACUGCUUUAGGUAGCAAAGUUUAGCUCCAGAUAUAGUUGUGGCAGACACCACAAAUAAAACCUCAGUUUACAAUUAAAAUUUCAAUAUUUGUUUGCCACAAGGUAAUUUAAAUAUUUAAUUAUUUCUUCCAAUUAAUGAGCGUUUUUGGUGUCACGUUUCUUAAAAGUUGACGUUAGUGGCCUAAGGGUUAGCAAGCCGUUGUCGCAAAAUCACUCUCCAUAUUUUAGGCGUAUAGGUGCGUUAUAAGAGUAUCAGUCGAUCAGACUAGUCCAAAAGUGGAGGGGAGGGUGUUCACUAGCUGCUUUCCCCCUAGUCCAGCGGUACCCAAUCUUUUUCUCUUCGCGAACCCCUUAAGUAAUAAUGGUUUUCGCAGCUAACCCGCUUUUAAGCAGUAUUAAAUUUUGUAAAAUAAAACAAUUUUUUAACACGUUGAAUGUAUUGAGUAUAAACAUAUUGAUGUAACACGUUCACAAUAAGAUCUGAAUCUGAUAUUAUCACCAGUUAAUACCCAGUCAAAUUAUAAUAUAAUUCUUGAAACAUAAAAAAAAAAAAAAAUGCAAACAAAAAACCAUUUAACUAAAACUAACAAAACUUCUGAAGCUGUUUUUAAAGUAUUUUAAAAGUUCGGUUCAACAGAAGAGAGAUAUAUAGUCUUAAAUCUGGCUCUGUAUCAAUUUAUUCCCUCCCCGUAAAUAUUUAAUAAAUUCGAAGCAAAUCAAACUAUUGGUAGGAACUGUAGAACCAGUUAAGUGAAAAACGCCAUUACCAAACUUUUCUUGCGAACCACCGGCUAGGAGCCGCUGCUGUAGUGUAUGGACAGCUGGUGCUGGUAUCUUAUGUCUGUCUGCACGAAACAAACUAUUAAAAUUAAGUGUGGUGUAAAUUUUCUCGCGUGAAAUUGAGAUUCAAUCAUUAAAGCCAAAAAUAUUCGAUUAAUAUUCUGUUCCACUUGUAAGUAACCAAGAGUCAUCUUAUUGAAACGAACAUUUCAGGAGGGAUAAUACACGCACACUCUGUAUGAAAACAUUCGGUUGUAGUUGGUUUUGGAUCUUUGUAGCCGGAUGUUGACCAGAUAUGUAAAAAAAAAGCGCCAAAAUGAUCAAACUGUUAUAUUCUUGAGAAUACUUUUGAUAGAACGUAUAUUUAUUAAUCAAUAUAAUUAGCUAGGAUUUUUAUGAACACGCACACAUCCAAGACACGUGUAAAUUAAAGAUGGCGUUUCUUACCGGAAAGUUACCACCUAUUUCAGAAGUCUAUAUCUAGAUUAUUGGUUUAUUUUUCGGAAUAGGUUGUCAGUAGAAACACACAUUUCUAUCAGGCGUAACCAUUUCAAAAUGGUGUUUUAAAUUGACGCUUGAUUUUUGUUCUUGUGCUCUAGGAAUCAAACUUGGUGAAAAAAAGUAUGAUAUGGCUAAAAACAACAACUAUUUACUAACGCAGAGUUGAAAGUUUUACGUGACAAUAUCUCAAUUAAAAAAUUGUAUAUGUUAAUAGUGGUUCUUCAUUGUAUCCCAUUUUAAUUUAUUAUUUUAUAGUCGGUUACUUGUUAACCCUAAGAUAUUUAGACAUAUUAAAUAAUCUACAAAUAAUAAAUUCACUCUUAAGUUUGAUACAACAAUAAAUACGAUUUUGCGGUUGUUGUUUGUAUUUAUAAACUUUGGAAAGUGGUUAUAUUUGUAUAGUGUAUGUUUAUUAUGUAUGUAUGUAUGUAUGUGUGUGUGUGUGUGUGUGCACACUUGUAUUUAAUUCUUCCUUGCUCUGUUAUGAACGUAAAUGUUUGAUACAGUAGUUUUCAUUAUACCACUAGGAGGCGUGGUUGACGAAGCUUAACAUUUAUUAAAGUUUUUAUAAUGUGUACAACUAACUAAACACCUCCAUCAUGUAAAGUGUUUAUAAUGUGUACAACUAACUAAACACCUCGAUCAUGUAAAGUGUUUAUAAUGUGUACAACUAACUAAACACCUCGAUCAUGUAAAGUGUUUAUAAUGUGUACAACUAACUAAACACCUCGAUCAUGUAAAGUGUUUAUAAUGUGUACAACUAACUAAACACCUCCAUCAUGUAAAGUGUUUAUAAUGUGUACAACUAACUAAACACCUCCAUCAUGCCCUUUCAUAAGGUUUGAAUUUGUAGACAGUAAAGCAUACUUUUAUCAAGUUCUGUUCCAGGGUUUAAUUUUGAAAGUCAUGAGACCACGUACAGGUGGAGACACCAGUUAGAACCUGAAGACGUCACUAAAAAUAUAGUUAGGAGAAGCUCUUUUUUUUUUCCUGUGAACCUUCUUACAGGUUUUUAAACUUGUCAGGUCAAAUCGAAUAAAGCAAAAAUUAUCAUAGUUCAUUUGAUUAUUCUGUCACUAGGAAAGACGCUUACUUACCGAACUCUUCGUGAGAGUGUUCUUGACCUUAGUAAAAAAACUUGUGCUUUGAUGUUCCUUUUGUUUCUAAGAAAAAUUGUAUUAAAAGUUAUGAACUGAAUUUUGUAAGAAAAUGUAAAUAUAUGAGUUUCUAUUUGUAAAUCUGGCUCCAUUUUGAUUAAAGUGUAAUCUUGAA